CAGGAAAAGGGCGGUGUCUUCUUCACUUUACUUUCAGUUUUCAUUUGACGUGGUGAAAAUGGCCGCUGCUGCAGACCCAGACCACGGAGGAGUGGAACUUGUGGAGAGCGAAGAGCCUUUCAGAACAAAUGCGCUCUUGAUUAUUCUUAAAGCGCUGAAACUGAGUCAUAAUCGUCCACAUAGCUUUGUGUUUGUUGACGAGAUUCUUCACAGUAUCUUCUUUUUGGGGAAUAUCAACACUCCACCACAUUCCCCAAAAGACAUUGUGAAUGUCCCGGAAGUGUUUGAAGCAUUAUUGGACUGCUAUCCUCGACCCUUUAAGCUCUUUUCUUCUCAGGUACCCAAGCGAAGCCCGUUUUCUUGUGUGCUGGACAUGGUUGUCCAGGUGACAAGAGAACAAGAACGAGAACAAGAAGAGAGAAAUAUCAUACGCCAGUUGCGAAAUAUCAUCAAUGAAGUGGAUCCAAGUGGGUCGCGGAAGCUCAUCUCUUCCACCAUCUGUGUCUCUCAGAGGGAAAACUCCCCCCUUUCGACCAGGUACUACGGCGUCUCCAUGUCCACCCAUCGAAGGCAAAUCCCAAUUGGUGCCUCCUGUUUAAGUAACUGGCAGACAUUCGUAGCCAAUGCAGUGAUGACCUACUAUCCACACAUGACCAAGAAGCCAUACUUUGAUGGAACCUUUACACUUAAACCUGAAGUCAGGUGUGUUGCCUUUGACCUCUUGAGAGAACAAGAAGAAGAAAUGGCAGAAGAGGUUGUUAAGCCUCCAUGCAGAUCAUGUGGGAAUUUAUAUGGUUUGGCAACACGUGAAGUCAAAGAGUUUACAUAUGGUAACUGCGCUGAAGCUGAAAGUCUGAGCAACUUAUUAAGAAAUGAACGUGCUUCUACCAUUAUAAGUUCUAGAAGAGAGUACUCCGAGAGGAACCUUCAGAGAGCUAAAACUCAGGUUGAAAACGACUUAAAGUCUUUCCUAAAAAUGCCUCAAGACAUUCGUGUUACAUUUUAUACCCCUGAAACAGAAUAGACUUAAUAAGUGGAAUGAAAAUGCCUCAAACACAACAAAAUAGACUUACUUUUACCAACCAUAUCAAAGCAGUCACCAAUAGAGCCUUCAGUUAACUGUAAAAUAUAACCACAUUCAGGAGUUUUAUGACACAAAAAGACCCAACAGAAGCUCAUCUAUGCUUUCAUCUGCAGUCAGGUUGACUACUGUAAUGAUCUUCUAAGUAGACUUCCCAAAAGAGAUUUAACAGCUGUGACUCUAAAUGCAGGACAGGAGAUGUUCAAGUGCUGCUACCUGUCUACAAACCACUCACCAGUUUAGGUCCAGAAUACAUCUUUGAGAUGAAUAAAAAUGAAUAAAGACAGACCUGAGUUAUAUCUGUUGACUCGGAUCAGAGUCUGAACUAAAUAUGAGGCAUUUAACUGUUCUGCCCCAAAUAACUGAAAACUGUCAGGAGAGCUUGGAUUUACCCCAAAUGUAGACAAGUAACACGUCAUGUUAAAAAAAAAAAAAUGUUACAAAAGACUAUGAUAAAAACCUCCUUCUGAGAAAUACUGUGUAGUCUAAUGGCCUGAAUCAAGAAUUAGAAUAUUGUUUUUUAUUUUUUUAAAUUCCUCCCAUAUAUUGAUUACAUUAUUAUCCUCAUAGCAUAAUUGCCCAAGUUAUAUUUUUGACUAAAUUGUGAUAUCUGCAUUACUUUGCUCUCCUAACACUGCUGCUUCAUUUUGCAUCAUAUGACGUUAAAAAAAUAUGACUUAUGCAGUUAUGCUGUGAGGCUAAGGAUAUGGUGUUUAUGUGCUUUUGUUCUAUUUGUUCUGAUUUUAUGUAUUGCUUGUGUUAAGUUUCAUACUGAUGAUAAUUCAACAGACUUCCUGUGUAGGGUUUUUUAAUUCCUGUUUUCCAGUUCCACCUCAGCUUAGCCUCAUCAAAAUCCUCAUCAUUAUUUUGUAGUUUCAGUCGUUUGUGUCUAAAUGUGACUUCUCCUGUCUAUAAAACCAUUUGUAUUUGCAGAGGUCUGCUGGAGCAAAAUCCUGCUAUAAAUUUGAGCAAUUAGAAUAAUAGAAUAAGCUUUAUUGUCAUUACAAAAUACCUUUGUACAGUGCAGUGAAAUUUAGUUUUACAUUCUGUAAGGUGCUCAAGUAAAAUGCACACAUCAAUCAUACAUUCAAGAAUAAAAAUUUAAGUACAAAACAGUUAAGUAAAAAAUACAAUGUAAGUGUAAAAAACAGUCAAGUAAAAAAACGUCCAUUUAAAAAAAGUUUUUUUUAUUUAUUAAAUAUCUGCUGUAAAAAAUGGCACACACAAACAAAAGUGAGUCCGGUGUCAAAUAUGCAGAAUAUACAGUAAUGACUAUAGUGUUAAGUCUUUUAAGUAAAGUGGGUAGUGCAUUGUCCUGAGUUAUAGCAGCAGAAUACAAUUACAUUAUAAAGUGACUAAAUGAUUAUUUGUUCUGCUUCAGAGCAGCUGCAGCUGUGGGAUAGAUACUGUUACUAUUCCAGUGGGAAUAGCUAAAAAAGAGGUAUUCUUACUCUUUAUGCAGUGCGAUGUAUCUGUAUCGAGCAUCUGGCCCUAUUGUGGUGGGAUGAGCGCAGAACUACACUGUUAAAACUAAAAAAAAAAUUAUUUUUUUUUGAGCCUAUGAUAGAAGUCUAUAACUCACUUAUGACUAUACUUAUUGCAUUGUAGAAGCCAUUUCACAUGUGAUGCAAAAAAAACCAAAAAUAUGCAUGGAAUUUUUCAGUGCAGUUUUGGAGAGGAGGGGAUUACAUGGAGUCAAACCACCUUUUGCAACCAGAAUGAUGUUGUAUGUGUAAUGUGUGUAUACUGUAUCGCCUCAUUUUGGUGUUUUAAGAACAUUUAUGGGCAUCUUUGCAUUGAUACUCUACCUCCUGCCAGUCAGAAAUGGUGGUACACAGUACAUCCAUUACAACCAUCUUUAGCCCUUGUACUGUGAUUCAGAUAUAGAGUCAGUAUUUGGGAGUACUCUGCAACUCAAAUUUCUUUAAAGUCAUGCAGGAACAAGUGGGCUGUCCUGUUCCAAUGGGUGCAGGAUUAUUGUUACUGUCAGGCAGGUCUGGUUUGUUUGAGGAUCACUUCAGGGCUGCGGUUCCUUUAUUGUAAAUGAAAAAGAAAAAAAUGGAUUUGUAUGUUAUGGGUGGGCUCUGUUUAGGUCGUAGGCCAGUCCCUAAACUACCCCUGUCCCGCAUCCACCCCUCUCAGCCUCUUUCCAGCUUUGAAGCACCUUUCCAAAUCAUACAGUUAAUAAUAGUAGACACCUGUUUGGGGUAAAGUUUUAUUUUAUAUCAGUUUUUCUAUUUUUAUUUGUACUUUUUUCACACAUAAAUGUGUAUUUUAUGUAACUCUGCACUACAAGUCUUGUUACUUUGUAACUCUGGAGGAUAUGUAUGCCUCUUAUUAAUUAUACUUUUGUAAAGCACACUGAAUAGCAUUUUUUAAUAAAUAAUAGAACAGUAAUAAGUUACCUACAUGCUUUAUUAUCACGUUAUUAUUCCUACAGAUUCUCUUGGUGCUAAUUUAUUUACUCCUGGAUAAUUAAACUGAAAUUGUACUAAUAUACACAGCAUAGAAUCCAGAUAUACUAGCAGUUUGAAUGAAUUGAGAUGUAUUGGUUAUGUGAUUAUCAAUAAAAUUAAACUGAUGCUUA